AUGUCUGUGAAAAAACAAAUGAUUGUUAUCUUACGUUAUGUUGACAAAAAUGAUUGUGUUAUUGAGAGAUUUUUUGGAAUUGUGCAUAUUUUUUAUACAAAUGCUUUGUCUCUUAAAUCAUCAAUUGAGUCAUUGUUUGCUAGGCAUGGAUUAAGCAUGGCAAUAUUACGAGGCUCAGGUUACGAUGUUACGAUGGAGCUACUUCAAUUAACCCUUGUUGUUGUUGCAAAAAGCGAUAUUCAUAUUGCAUCGCUUUUUAAUAUGAUUGCUAGUUUGUUGAAUGUUGUUGGAGCCUCAUGUAAAUGUCGAGAUAUUCUUCGAGAAAGUCAAGCCACUGAAGUUUCUGAGGCAUUAAAAACUAGUGAAAUGAUAAGUUAUCAUAGAUUAAAUCAAGAAACUAGUCUUAAAAGAGCAACAGAUGCACAUUGGGGUUCACAUUAUGGUACAAUUCUAAAUUUGAUCAACAUGUCGUCAACUGUCGUAGAGAUACUUAACAGUAUUGUUAAGGAUGAUACAAGUUCAGAGCAAAGGGCAGAAGCAUAUGGUCUAUUAGAAGUAAUACAAUCUUUUGAUUUUAUAUUUAGCUUACAUUUAAUAAAAGAAAAAAUGAUUCGUCUUGCUCAAUUUUAUCUAUGUGACUUUUCAUCAACGGAGCUUAUGGCACUUGAUAAUCAACUUGGGACUCAUAUUAUUGAUGUGUGUUCUAAUGAUGAGUUUUCAACAAUUAAGGGAAUUGGUGGUUUUGCUCAAAAGUUUGUCCAAACAAAGAAGAAUUUAGCAUAUCCACUAGUUUACUUGCUUGUGAAAUUGGCAUUGAUAUUACAUGUUACAACUGCAAGUGUUGAAAGGGCAUUUUCUACAAUGAAAACUGUGAAAAUUCGAUUGUAG